GUUCACAAUUGUUUGGCGACCAGUGUCAGUGGUGUCACACAUCGCGACACUCUCGGACCGGUUUCUGGUGAAACGGCUAAAAUAAUACCAAUCAAUUCAUUAAAAAUACCAAAAAAAAAUUGUGCGAGCUUUUUGGAGCCUAUAACAUCAAUUCCAGAACUUCGGUAAAUACUGAGGCGAAAACUGAAUACCGAGAUAUUUAUUGCAAUAAUAUUUACGUAAGAUAGAUUAUUCAGGGACAAUGAGGCUGCAGAUCUCAAUCGCUUUCAUUGUGGCAACAAGUUUUAGCGUUGCAAGCUGUAUAUCGUUAAAAGGUUAUGUAAAAAAUACAGAAAUGGGAACAGCAUACAAAUUAUUUUAUCGUUCCCAACCGUGGGCAGUAGCCAAAGAAAUAUGUGAAGCAGAAGGAGCAAAGCUGGCCGUACCCAGGUCUGAGGAGGAGUUCCUGUUCAUCCAGAAGCUGGUGCGCGGUAUGCACUACCCUGCUAUAACCAACACCUCAAAUAAAUUAGUUGUAUGGCUGGGCAUCAGCAAUGUGGACAACUACAAAAUCUGGACCAGUGUUGACGGUAAGGACAUUAGAGAUACCGGCUUCGCUAGAUGGUCAGGAAUGAACGGCCAGAUUAGCGCAUCACCUAAAGAACCGCACUGUGCAGUUUUGGACGCUGUCAACCCAGGACUCAGGGACUGGUGGUGUCACCGCAAUCAGCCAUUCAUCUGCAAAGUGGACCUAGAAAACUCCUGGCACACACAAACUGACUAAGAAAAUAUUUGAAUCAUUUAGUAUUAAGUUAUUUAUUUGCAAAUUGUAAGAUAUAAUUUACGCUAAGACUAAGAAAAUGUUAUUGACUAAUUAUUUACGUACUUAUUUAUUAUGUAUUUAAAUUAUUUUAAUGAGAAUAUGUUUAGUUACAUUUUAUAUGAAAUACACGGAAUUGUUUUUAGUUUCU